GUGUAUGGGAUUGUAAUCGGAUUCUGUUACUUUUUACUGUGAUAGAGAGAUUGUACGAAUAUAAAUUGUAUUGAGUACUAAAUAUGGCAGAUCUAGAGGCUGUUUUGGCAGAUGUCAGUUAUUUAAUGGCAAUGGAGAAAUCGAAAUGUACUCCAGCAGCCAGAGCCAGCAAAAAACUGAUAUUACCCGACCCGAGUGUACGCAGUGUUAUGUAUAAAUAUCUCGAAAAGGAAAAUGAACUAGAAUUCCAUAAAAUAUUUAAUCAAGUCAUAGGAUAUAAUUUAUUUAAAGAUUUUUGUGAAAAUGACUCCGAAGAACCAAUACAACAAUUCAAGUUUUAUGAACAGAUUAAACAAUUUGAAAAAACUGAAUGCUAUGACGAGCGAAAAAAAAUGGCGAGAGAAAUUUAUGAUAAUUUUAUUAUGGAAGAAAUGUUGUCUCAUACAUAUGAUUAUUCCAAAGAUGCUGUCAUCAGCGUACAAAAGUAUUUAUUAAAAAACGAAGUUCCCGUUAAUUUAUUCGAGCCCUAUAUAGAAGAGAUUUUUAGUUAUUUAAAAGGCAAACCCUUUAAAAAGUUCUUGGAGAGUGAUAAAUUUACACGCUUUUGCCAGUGGAAAAAUUUAGAACUUAACUUACAGUUGACAAUGAAUGACUUUAGUGUUCAUAGAAUAAUAGGUCGCGGUGGCUUCGGUGAAGUUUACGGCUGCCGCAAGGCUGACACUGGCAAGAUGUAUGCCAUGAAAUGUCUGGAUAAAAAACGUAUUAAAAUGAAACAGGGUGAAAUGUUGGCUUUAAAUGAACGUUCCAUGCUGCAGGUUGUUAGCACAGGAAACGACUGCCCAUUUAUAGUGUGCAUGACUUAUGCUUUUCAUACAGCAGAUAAAUUAUGCUUUAUAUUGGAUUUGAUGAAUGGCGGUGAUUUACAUUACCACUUAUCGCAGCAUGGAGUUUUCAACGAGGACGAAAUGAAAUUCUAUGCCGCGGAGGUGAUACUAGGUCUGGAGCAUAUGCACAAACGUUUUAUUGUUUAUCGAGACUUGAAACCGGCCAAUAUCUUGCUGGACGAGAAUGGUCAUAUACGUAUUUCCGAUUUAGGCUUAGCUUGCGAUUUUUCUCGUAAAAAGCCUCAUGCCUCGGUUGGUACACAUGGCUAUAUGGCACCGGAGGUUUUAUCUAAAGGCACGGCUUACGAUUCGUGUGCAGACUGGUUUAGUUUUGGUUGCAUGCUUUAUAAAUUAUUAAAAGGUCAUUCACCUUUUCGACAGCACAAAACCAAAGACAAGCAUGAAAUCGAUAAAAUGACAUUAACUAUGAAUGUUGAGCUUCCCGAUGCGUUUAGCCUUGAAUUGAAAGAUCUGUUAGAAUCACUUCUGCAGAGAGAUGUAGAUAAACGUUUAGGCUGCAUGGGAACCGGCCCAGAAGAAGUUAAAUCACACCCUUUCUUUUCGGGCAUCGAUUGGCAUCAAGUGUAUAUGCAUAAAUAUACACCACCAUUAAUACCACCGCGCGGUGAAGUGAAUGCGGCCGAUGCUUUCGAUAUCGGUUCUUUCGAUGAAGAAGACACCAAAGGCAUUAAACUCACCGAUAGCGACCAAGAACUGUAUAAAAAUUUCUCCCUCACCAUAUCGGAAAGGUGGCAACAAGAAGUGAUAGAAACCGUUUAUGAAACUAUCAAUCAAGAAACUGAUAAAGUAGAACAAAAGAAGAAAGCUAAACAGAAGCAACAUUUCGAUGCUGAUGAAAAGGAAUCGGAUUGCAUAUUACAUGGUUAUAUUAAAAAAUAUGGUGGCUCAUUUGCCUCGUUAUGGCAAACGAAAUAUGCAAAAUUAUAUCCUAAUCGUUUAGAACUACAUUCAGAAAGCGGUAAUAAUAAGCCAGAACUGAUCUUCAUGGAUCAAAUUGAAGAUAUUUCCUCAGACUUUGUUCCCUAUAAAGGAGAACAAUGUAUACAAAUACGGGUAAAUGACGGUUCACGCGACGGUCGUAUAUUAUUAACAAAUUCGGAUGAGAUUGGCUUAAAGGAAUGGGCGUACUCAUUACGUUCAGCGCAUAAAGUAUCGCAGGAAUUGCUGGGUUCAAUGGCUAAGAAGGCGGGUAAGAUUUACGGCAGUGAACGUGACGGAAAUAAAUCCAUGUAUAUAAUUGGUGGCGGGGGAGGGGGCACAGGUUUGGGUGGUGGCGGUAAUGUUGGCGCUAACAUACAGAAAAAUUCGAAUGGAGCGAAUUAGCGACAGCUUUAGAAGCAAUUUGUCUAAUCAGUACAGAAAAAAUAAUAAUCAUUUUCGUAAUAAAAAAAAAAAAA